CAAGCACCAGCACGAACCCAACGUUCGCACCUCACGCCGCCUCUCCCCGGCCCGCACUCCAGUCGGUGCUCUCGAUCCCUCCGCCCCGACUCGUCUCGGACCUCAAGAGGCGAAAUCGGAGAGAGAUCUAUGUACCGGAGAGAAAUGGGGGCGGUGGCAGUCUACCAUCUGAUCGCCUUCGCUGCCGUCUUUCCGCUCGGAGCCCUGGCCGAUGGCGUUUCCCCUUCGGAGGCCAAGCAGCUCAGAGACGAGGUGCGUGAGAUGUUUUAUCAUGCCUUUGAUGGAUACAUGCACCAUGCUUUUCCUCUCGAUGAACUAAGGCCCUUAACCUGCAAAGGUGAAGAUACACUUGGUGGUUAUGCCUUGACUCUAAUUGAUUCCUUGGAUACGUUGGCCUUACUAGGUGAUCGCGAGAGAUUUAGUGCAGCUGUUGAGUGGGUUGGUAAGAAUGUUUGGUUUGACAUUGAUAAAACAGUUUCAGUAUUUGAGACCACAAUUCGGGUUCUUGGGGGUUUACUUUCUGCUCAUCUUAUUGCAAGUGAUUAUGCCACGCAUUUUAUGAGUUUCUUAAAUGUAUCAGCUCUGAAAUUUCUGGUUGCAGCAGCCAAUUCACAAAAUGUGAAGGGUAUGAAGAUUCAAUCAUAUGAUGAUCAGUUGCUUCAUUUAGCUGUGGAUUUGGCAACAAGAUUGUUACCUGCAUUUGACACUCCGACAGGAAUCCCAUUUGGAUCUGUCAAUCUGGUGCAUGGAGUGGAUGAAAAUGAAAGCAAGAUAACAUCAACAGCUGGCGGUGGUACUUUGACGCUAGAAUUUGGGGUGCUGAGUCGUUUGACUAAUAAUCCCAUUUAUGAGCAUGUUACGAAGAAUGCAGUGCGAGGAAUAUGGGCCCGGAGAUCAAAAAUUAACCUUGUUGGGGCUCACAUCAAUGUUUUCACGGGUGAAUGGACUCAAAAGGAUGCUGGAAUAGGCACGAGUAUCGACUCCUUCUAUGAGUAUCUUCUGAAGGCCUAUUUGUUAUUUGGAGAUGAGGAGUACUUAUUUAUGUUCCAGGAAGCUUACAAGGCAGCCAUGCACUAUCUCCAUCACGAUCCUUGGUAUGUGGAGGUGAACAUGAACUCUGCUGCUACAGUCUGGCCAUUAUUUAACAGUCUGCAGGCAUUCUGGCCUGGGCUUCAGGUUUUAGCUGGAGAUAUUGAUCCUGCUGUUCGAACACAUGCUGCUUUCUUGAGUGUAUGGAAAAAAUAUGGCUUCACCCCAGAGGGGUUUAAUCUUGCUACAUUGAAUGUUCAGUCUGGUCAAAAAGGUUACCCACUGCGACCAGAGUUGAUGGAAAGCACAUAUUGGCUAUUCAAAGCUACUAGAGAUCCUAGGUACCUUGAUGCCGGCCGAGACUUUGUAACAAGCCUUCAAUAUGGUUCACGGUGCCCAUGUGGAUAUUGCCACAUAGCAGAUGUGGAGUCUCACAAACAGGAUGACCACAUGGAGAGUUUUUUCCUUGCCGAGACGAUUUAUACUUCACAGUUCACCAACUUUUCUGUGGCAUGCAAUUUGUCUAAAUUACAGAUGAAGGUUAAAUAUCUUUGGCUUCUUUUUGAUUUAGCUGUGGGCCCAGAUAACAUUGUUGAGAAUGGCCCGUAUAAGUAUAUCUUUAGCACAGAAGGUCACUUGUUGCCUGCUACUCCUGAAAUUUCUUUAGUAAGUGAGCACUGUUCAUAUUUUGGAGCUUUUUGCAAAGGUGAUGGAAUGCAUAAAUGUCAUCCAAUGGACACAAGCUUUGACCGUCAAGAGACAAAUGAUACCCAAUUUCAUGGUGAUUGGGAUCCUUCAAUUCGUCACACCAAAGUACAGAAUUCCUUUUCAUCCUCUGGUUUCAUCAAGGGUCACUGCCCAGGACUGACACAUGGGCAGAAAUUUGGCAAAUUAUAUGUUGAGAACGAUGAGAAUACUUAUGAACACAAGUCCAUGGAUUACCCUCAAAAACGUUCUGUUGUUUUCAUCUCUAAUCCAACUGCGAGACAAAUAAUGGAUGCUGAUCAGGAUAAUACUAGCAACAUCCAGGAGAUGAAUCAGAAUUCAGAAAGAGUGGCAUAUCUCACAGAUAGCAAAGAGGCGGAAACUUUUAGCGAAGAAAUGCAACAGGUUGAUGAUACUAGCUGAGCAAUACUCUUCUCUUGCUGCCUGCUGAGUAAGAUGGCUAUGUUCCAUGAAUUUCACUUUCAACCAACUGCAGACAUGUCAUUGAGAUCUCAGACUUGCCUCGAAAAAGCGCUCGGAGAUAGGUUUUCUGAUAGCUGGCUCAUCAGUGAUAUCAUCAUCUCCUGGCCUAUUAACAUGAACCACAAGCAAUCGUGUGUUAUUUGGCUUGUCAAAAUGGCCUACAAUCAGAACAUGUGGUCACAUCACUGAUUGGAAUGUUGCCCAAAUUCAGCAUGCUACAAUUGUUAAAUUAAAUUAGAAAGAUAAUAUGAUACUCUAUGUAUACUGCAGGUAUCACUUAUAAGAUGGAUAAAACCCCGAAGAUCUUCAUGUUAUUUGCUUUAGAUGACUGUAAAAGGAGUGGUGUACAUUUCAUUACAUUCUUUUGGAUUACAAAGAUGAUUAUAGAAGAAUAUAUCAGACAUCAUGUUACCUGUUAA